GACAGAAAUCAACAACUAGCUCGACUGCUACGUCAGUGAGAGCUUUAACACACAUAUUUUUUGUUAUUAAGUUAAUAUUUUCUACAAAAAGCUAAAAGCAUUUACAACCGAAAAUUCUCGCCUCUAAAAUGGGGGAUACAAAUAAACGAACUCGUCCGAAACGUAUUUUUGUCAACGACGUCGACAGAUAUUCUUCCGAACACAUCGCUAAGUUUUUAUCGACAUCAUGCGUAGCCGGAGAGACCUCUGAGGAAGUCGAAGCAGAAGAGACCACCCCUCGAGGUGAACUUGCUUUCCAACUAGUGGGAACUGUGUCUCCUUCCACUAAAGAUGAAAAACAAAGUUUUCUACUUGAACAGUACACGUCACCAACUCGAGACGAGCUUCUUGGGCACCUGCUGGAGUGUGACGUAGUUGUGUACAACAUCUCAGAAAGUGCUACACUACAGCAGAUUGAAGAAGCAACAUGGGCAAUCACAGCCCUUCAUGACCAGAUGGGGAACUUCACAUCUCGGAAAAUGUUCAUUUUAGUCUCAAGCGUGAUGACCUGGGCCAUGACCAAGCCACAGAAUCCGGAAGAAACACAUGUUAUGCUAGCAGAAGAAGAAUACAGAAGAAAAAGGCCGCAUCCCAGUUUCAAAAACCACAAUAAUCUUGAGAAACUUGUGCUCAAACUGGGUAGAGUUAAAAAGAACAAGCUAACUGGAUAUGUUGUAGGCUCUGGUGUUCAGUACGGAAAGGGAGAGAACCUAUUUCACUACUUUUUCAAGGUGGCUUGGUUGAUGCAGUUUCCUAAAGUUCCUCUCUUUGGACAGGGCACAAAUCACAUCCCCAUGAUUCACGUAUACGACCUUGCAGGAGUGAUCCAUAACAUCAUUGAACUCAAGCCAAAGUCAAAGUACAUUCUUGCGGUCGAUGACUCCAAAAACACUUUAGAGGAUAUUGUAAAGAUGAUAAGCGCUACACUUGGGCCAGGAAAAAUUAACAAAUUACCACAGCAGGACGCCAUCUCCAUGAAAGCUUUUAAGCCAGAGGAAUUGGAGUACCUAAAUAUCAACCUCCGCCUGGAUGCUUUUAUCAUAAAAGACUCCAUCCAUCUCCGCUGGAAGUCUGAAGCUGGGAUGGUUGAAAACAUGGAGAGCAUUGUGGAAGAAUACAGAGACACCAGGCAGCUACUUCCAAUCAGAGUGUGCCUGGUUGGACCUCCAGCUGUGGGUAAAACCACUGUUGCAGAGAAGCUCUGCAGUCAUUACCACAUACACCACAUCAAGAUCAAAGAAGUCGUUGAGGAAAAGUUCUCACAACUGGUGGGGAUAGUUAAUGAAGGGAACCCUGAGAAUGUCAGUGAAGAGGAAGUGGCGGCUGCACAGAAGGAAUUGGAACUCUUUAACACAAGCAGGGAAAUGAACGGAGGUCAACUGGCCGACCAUCUGGUUUUUGACAUUUUGCAAAAAAAGCUAAAUUCAAAGCCAUGCACAAACCAAGGAUUUGUUCUCGAUGGCUUCCCCAAGACUUAUGAGCAAGCAAAGCUGAUUUUCUCUGAUGAGGAUAUGGAUAACCAGGAUUUGAUGCCCGAAAAACCUUUGUACAACAAGAACAUCACUCCAGAGCAUGUUUUUGCCCUCGAUGCGACGGAUGAUUUUCUGACAAAGAGAGUUCUGGGACUUCCACAGAGUGUGGCAGAGAAAAAGUGCUACACCCAGGAGGAAUUUGUCCCUCGCCUGACAAGAUACAGACAAUUCAGUACGGCUGAAGAAACCCUGCUGGACUACUUUGAUGAGCUUGAGAUUCACCCGGAACAUAUAGAGGUCAGCACAGGUGAUUCAGAGUACACAGAUGUUAUCAAGAAGAUCACUGAGAUGGUGGGGAUUCCGAAGAACUAUGGCCCGAGUCCAGAGGAGCAGGAAGAGGAGGACCGAAAGAAAGAGGAAGAGAGGAAGCAGAAAGCGGCUGCAGAGGCGGCUGAGAAGAAACGCAGGAAUGAAUCUGCACUGGCCGAGAUGGCUGCUCAGUAUGAGGAGUGGCAAAAGAAUUUGUCCGUGGUGAAGAGACAGGAGCACGAUCUGCUGGAAGCUCACGCUCUUCCUCUGAGGAACUAUCUCAUGAAGAACGUGAUGCCUUCGCUCACUGAGGCCAUGUUGGAGUGCUCCAAGAUCAAACCAGAGGACCCCGUCGACUUUUUGGCUGAAUAUCUACUGCGGAACAACCAAAAAGAAUAACAAGGAAAUUAUCCCCAUGUUUCAUUUGAGGCUGUGUUUAUCCUACAGUAAUGUAAUCAAAAGGUUUAAAAAUUUAAAAGAGUGUUGCAUCAGUGUUAUAGGCUUAUAAUAAAUAUGAAGGAAUUUGA